CAGGCAGGGGCACAGUGUGGCGUGAGGAGUGACGGAGAGAGCACCGGAACACACCUCAGCAGCGUCCUGACUCUCAGGUGUGUGGUGGAGCAGUGUUGGAGAGGACACACCGCGUAUCCCAGCACCAACACACCGCCACCAGUGUUGCAGGACUCCCGACUCCGCUAACCAAUUAUCCGGUGUCCCAAUUCGGUUAUUAAAACACGAUUCGACACCAGACAAAAAAAGAAUCGGUUAGAAAUAUCAUUUUUUUUUUGUUUUGAAAACCGCCAGAGGCAGACCAAACGUGUUGCAAGCCGCACCCAGGUGGAUCACGCGGACCUGGAUCUUGUAGGAGGAUUAGACGGAUCUCCCAGAAGGAUCUCUCGGAAAAAUCUCCCAGACGGAUCUCCACGAAGGAUCUCCCAGACGGAUCUAGAAGGAUCUUCCAGAAGGAUCUAGAAGGAUCUCCCAGACGGAUCUAGAAGGAUCUCCCGUACGGAUCUAGAAGGAUCUCCCGGACGGAUCUAGAAGGAUCUCCCGGACGGAUCUAGAAGGAUCUCCCGGACGGAUCUAGAAGGAUCUCCCGGACGGAUCUAGAAGGAUCUCCCGGACGGAUCUAGAAGGAUCUCCCGGACGGAUCUAGAAGGAUCUCCCGGACGGAUCUAGAAGGAUCUCCCGUACGGAUCUAGAAGGAUCUCCCGUACGGAUCUAGAAGGAUCUCCCGGACGGAUCUAGAAGGAUCUCCCGGACGGAUCUAGACGGAUCUCCCGGACGGAUCUAGAAGGAUCUCCCGGACGGAUCUAGAAGGAUCUCCCGGACGGAUCUAGAAGGAUCUCCCGGACGGAUCUAGAAGGAUCUCCCGGACGGAUCUAGAAGGAUCUCCCGGACGGAUCUAGGAUCUCCCAGACGGAUCUAGGAUCUCCCGGACGGAUCUAGAAGGAUCUCCCGUACGGAUCUAGAAGGAUCUCCCGGACGGAUCUAGAAGGAUCUCCCAGAAGGAUCUAGAAGGAUCUCCCGGACGGAUCUAGAAGGAUCUCCCGGACGGAUCUAGGAUCUCCCAGACGGAUCUAGGAUCUCCCGGACGGAUCUAGAAGGAUCUCCCGGACGGAUCUAGAAGGAUCUCCCGGACGGAUCUAGGAUCUCCCAGACGGAUCUAGGAUCUCCCGGACGGAUCUAGAAGGAUCUCCCAGACGGAUCUCGAAGGAUCUCCCGGACGGAUCUAGAAGGAUCUCCCGGAAGGAUCUGUCACAUCCUGGGCGCAUCCUUCACCCCCUCAAACUCCCCCUAACAAGGGGCGUGACACAGAGGUACAGCACAUGCACGGUGACGAGGAUAGUGACGAGGACGGUGACGAGGAUGGUGACGUGUAGACACCACCACCACCACCACCACCACCACCACAGCAGCAGAAGACGAAGGUGUCUUCCACACCUGCUGGGUGUGAGGAGGAAUGUGCUGGCUCUGGCUGUUGUGGUCUUCUUGUGUCCGCUGGUCAGUGGAGUGCAUAAUGUCAUCGACGCGGUGAAGCUGAGGAAGGUGGGCCGCGCCGCUACUCUGCUGGCGCGGGGUGGGGACCUGACCGCCACGGACAGUCUUGGUUGGACGGCUCUUCACAAUGCUGCUAAUAUAGGUCAGGAAGCCAUGGUGAGGCUUCUGAUUGACUAUGGUGCCAGCCUCGACACCCGCGAACCCAACCAUGGGAAGACAGCAGUGCACAUUGCGGCUCACAGCGGCCAGGUGGCAGCACUGCAGGCCCUUCUGGAGGCUGGAGCCAACCUAGAAGCCAAGGACAUUAAUGGUCAGACGGCGCUCCACCUCGCCACCUGGCAAGGCCAGCUGAAGGCCAUAGCUCUGCUACUUGACCACGGCGCUAAUGUUGACGCUCAAGAUAAAUGGGGCAGUACGCCGGUCUUCCUGGCCACACUGCGGGACUUGGUGAAGGCUGUGAGGGAGCUGCUGCAGUUCUGUCCGGACCUCAGACUCCCAGACGCCAAAGACAGAACUGUGACCCAGUACGCCAGGGAUACCAACCUCACCGCCAUCCUCAGCGCUCUCAAAGAUCAUGCACGUCAGACCUGCAAUAAACCCAAGCACCAGAACCAAGCUAAGAAGCUCCACAUCGUCAAGGAAGGAACGACGUGCCCGAGGGGGGAGAAGCGGUACCCGGGCGACGAGUCGUCCAGCUGGUGGUUGAGGGAGACUUCGGCCGGAGAGACGGUUCUCAUACCGUGUCCAGCUGGCGUUAACGGCUCGGCCACCUGGACCUGCCUACCAGAUGGCACCUGGGAUAGGACACCCAUUCUCAGCCAGUGCCAGGCAGUGAUCUUUGCCGGGUGGCGGGAGGCGCUGGAGGCGGGAGACAACGUCACGGCGGCACAGAUCCUGAGCAGCAUGGCCACCAGCCUCCAGAACAUCAGCCUGGCGCCCGGGGACCUCCUCACACUGGCUCGCAUCCUCCACAGUCUUCAACAGAAGCAUCUUCACGACCUCCAACAACGCUCGGCCUCCAUGGCAGAGGCUCUUAGCUUGGCUCAGGUGUACAUGGAGGGGAUGAUGGUGGCAGCCAACACCAUGUUGUCCGGCCCCACCAUAGCCCCGCUAUGGUGGGGCCUUCCUCCCGAGCAGCGCGCCAACACAUCCACCCACCUGCAGACUGCCCUCACCUCUGCUGCUGUCUCUCUCGCUCACCUGCAGAAGGCACCAACCAGGGACUUCACACAGGAGAAACUGCAUGUGAAGGUGAUUCAGCAGCCCCCAGCAUACUUCAGGAGGGAGAGUGGCCGACGCUCCUACACCCACUCUCACUACAACCUCACCACCCUCACUCUCCCUCACAGCUUCCACAGGGGCUAUGCGGAGGGCCGCACCACCGUUAAGGUUGUUUUCGUCUCCUUCGCCACCCUCCACUGCACCUCCAACACUAUUCCCUGUGACCCGAGGAGAGUGGUGGCGGAGCGUGACCUCCCAGCUAAGGGUCAGGUCAACAGUGCCAUCAUCGGUGCCGCUGUGGGAAACGAGACUUGGCACGCUGCUCUGGGGGAGGCGGUGGAGGUACGCCUCCAGCAUAUAUACAGCGGCGACACCUUCGAGCUCGGCGCACCAACCUGCGUGUGGUGGGAUGUGGACUCCAGCUCCUGGGCGACGCACGGGUGCCGCCUGGCCAACACCUCGGCCAACUACUCCGUCUGCCACUGCGACCACCUUGCCUACUUGGCGGUCAUCAUGGAUGUCAACAGUAUCCUUGACACCACAGAUGUGCUGUACUACGUGAUGAAGUUCGUGACGGUAGUGGGGUGCGUGGUGUCCGUGGUCAGCCUGACGCUGUGUGUCAUAUGCUUCUUCGGGUUCCGGGAGGUGCGGGGGAGGGCGAGCAGCGCCGUCCACGCCAACCUGUGCCUGUGUCUGCUGGGGUCUGAGCUCCUGGUGCUGGGGGGCCUCGACGCCCUCCACCGCCCUGUCGUGUGCACCGUCGUUGCUGCGCUGCUCCACUUCCUCUUCCUCGCCACCUUCACCUGGAGCGCUAUUGAGGCCUUCCACAUAUACCUCAGUUUUGUCAAGGUGUGGAGGACGGGGAUGGGCCUGGUCAAGUACUACAUGUGUGUGGGCUACCUGGUGCCCCUGGUGUACGUCGCCAUCACUCUCGCCCUCACCCACACUAUAGGCUACGGCUCCCCAGGGACGUGUUGGCUGGCACCUCGCGGCCUCAUCUGGACGUUCGCGGCCCCAGUAGCUGCCAUCCUGCUGGUAAACAUUUCGGCAUUUGUGAUGACCGUGCGGGCUGCUUGGUGGAAAAAGAGCCCCGAGGACUCCCGUCGGGGUAAGAAGUGGUCCGAAAACUUUUCUCAUCGCAAGAAGGGAGCUGGGGACACCAACCGGCUGGAGAGUGGAGCUGAGGACACCAACCAGCUGGAGAAGAAGGCUGGGGACACCAACCGGCUGGAGAUGGGAGGUGGGAUUAGAAAAGGUGGUAAGAAUUGGCGAGGACUAGACGAGGAGUUUAAUGGUACUAUUGACCACGAGAGGCGGUCUGUGGACGCUACAGAGCACGAGAGGCGGUCUGUGGACGCUACAGAGCAGGAGAGGCGAUCUGUGGUCACUACAGAGCAGGAGAGGCGGUCUGUGGACGCUACAGAGCACAAGAGACGGUCUGUGGACGCUACAGAGCACGAAAGCCAGACUGUGGACACUACAGAACACGAGAGGCAGUCUGUGGACACGAUCAAGCACGAGAGGCGGUCUGUGGACACGAUCAAGCACGAGACGCGGUCUGUGGACACGAUCAAGCACGAGACGCGGUCUGUGGACACAAUAAAGCACGAGAGGCGGUCUAUGGAUACAAUAAACAACGGAAAGGAGUCUGUAGACACGGAGAAACGCUCGUGGGACAGCAAACGUGGGUCGGGAAGUGGAGCCAGUAAGCGUUGCCAGCAGCAGCAGCAGCCUAGUGAGGACACUGGAGAGAGAGCGGGUCUAGGCAGGAGGUUCUGCAGCUCCAUCACUGUCCUCCUCCUCUUGUGCCUCACCUGGCUUACAGGCUUUCUCUAUUUUACUGAAGGCACUCUCGCCGUGGCAGUGAUGUUCACUCUGCUCAACUCUGUGCAGGGCGUCGCCAUCUUCCUCCUCCACGUCGUCUUGAACGAGCAUAUCAUGCACGAAGUCCGGGGUGUCCUCAAGUAGGAGAGUGGUGGCAGACCCCAGUGUUUAUUCCGAGGUCCACCAACACCAGGAACGAACCGUUCCAGCAGCGGACUCUGUGGCUUGGUGUCGGGCUUAAGGCCUAUCAACCUCUGGAAGGUUACCAGGACCACUGCGAUAGCCUACUGACCAACUAGCACAUUUGGUGUCGGGUUUAAGGCCUAUCAACCUCUGGAAGGUUACCAGGACCACUGCGAUAGCCUACUGACCAACCAGCAAGUUUGGUAUCGGGCUUAAAGGUCUAUCAACCUCUCAUUGGGCUGUUAACCACCACAAGAGCUUAAUGACCAUCCAGCAAGUUCGGUGUUAAGGUGAAGGCCUAUCAACCUAUAGAGAAGGUUAUUAAGGCAACCACAAUACCUUACAGAUCAUCCAGCAAAUACACUUUAGUCCGAAACAUAGUCCAGGACUAAAGUUAGCAUUCACUGUGAUAUAUACUCAGUAUCGUCCAAGGUGUUAACUGCCAUACUCGAGACGAUAUUAGUGACCUACUUCGUCGUUCUUCCUGAAAUAAUAACUUUAACGGAGAAAGACAUACAGCGCUACGUUAAUGGCCUGACUAAAAACAAAACGGUAAUUUUGACGUAAAGUGAAAUUACACAGAGCAGUGUUGCGAGUAGCGAGAACAGUGACUAGUGUAGUGUAGUGUGAUAGUGACUGGUGUAACAGCAUAGGACCUGUCUCUCUCAACUAAUACAUCUCAUUUUGUACGUGCGUUACUUUUGUAUUUUGUACGUUGUUGCAAAUACAGAAAACGAUCUGGAUGGUGACUGGUGUAACAGUACAGUGUGGUGUGAUGGUGACUGGUGUAACAGUACAGUGUGGUGUGAUGGUGACUGGUGUAGCAGUACAGUGUGGUGUGAUGGUGACUGGUGUAACAGUACAGUGUGGUGUGAUGGUGACUGGUGUAACAG